UUCAGAAGUUUAUUAGGGGCGGUGGGUGAGAUAAAAGUCUAAUAGAAGGCAAUAUCCUUCUGAUUGUCGUUCUUCAAAUUGUUUGCUUGAUGGCAAUUGAAUGACACUUUUACUUAAAUGCCUUCAACCAGACUCUUCUGGGAGAUGCAUUGCUAAUCAAUCACGAAGACUCAUUCUUCUUAUUUAUUGGAUCGUGUUAAUUCUUCUCAAAUUUCUUGCUUGUGGGAUCGUUAUAUUUCAAUCAACAAGUUAUGGGGGUUGUAUUGUCUUUACGGUGCAUUUUGAGGGAUAAUGGAUUACUCAACAUGCUCAACCACUCUCUGUAGGGAGAAAAGGAUAAAGAAUUGCUGAUGUUCAAAUUGACUUCUUAUUCGGUUUUCAAUUUUAUGUGAAGAUGCAUUGGCUAUUACGUUAUGGUAUUGAUUGAUGUGGAUUAUUUUGUGAGACUAUGGGUUGAGGCGCUGAGGUCGACAGAUGUUAAUAUUUGAAGGGUGAUACCUUUACGUGAACUUGGAGAUGCUCUUGAUUCCUGAAGAAGUAUCAUGCCGGAGUUCUGCUGAAUCAUUGACCUCCUAUUUGAUUUAUUUCUACUGGCAUCAGGCUUACAAGCAGUGUCUAGUAGCAGCGGGUAUGACCCUUGGCCUGAAGACAGUUCAGCUAUGUAGAAAGCGCAAGGUCCUUUCUUUGAGGAUUUGGCAAUGCUAUUCCUUGUCAGUAUUUCUGUAUCUCAAGUUUCAUGUCUCCACAAGGUUUUGCUGCUGGAAUCAACAUUUGCUAUAUUCUUUAUGCUUACAGGGUUUUCUGCAAGUUGAAGUUUCCUUUUUGAUGUUAGUUUAGAGAGAAAAGGGAAAACAGAAGCAGCUGGAAACUAGGGCAAGAGAUAGGGUUAAAACCAGUGUUUUAAAAGGCGUGGGCGUAAGGCGAGGCGUUUUACAUAUGCCUCAGCGAGGCGUAAGCC